UUUUUUAUGGUUGUGUUUUAUUUAGUAUUUAUCUUUGUGUUAAUGGGAUCUCAUAAAUACAGGUGACAUAAGUUAACCAUUGAACCUUGUUCCACUGUAGACUACUAUAGGCUGUAUACAGGUACAAUCAGUUUAGAUCGAUUCAUGGUGGAAAUAUUUACUGGUCAGAUGGUACAUGGCAGGUUUGUAUGGGGACAGUUUGGAGACACAGCAGAGUGGACGUUGUACCUUCAGACCUUUGUGUCCCCAGCCGCCCACCGCCCCCCCAAUUACAUCACACAGAUUCUGCACUUUCAUCUCCAAGAAUAGCAAUCAUUUGUAAUAUGUGUAAUAUGGGAGGUUGGAUUUCCAUAUAACUAAGAAAACAUUUAAUCUGACCAGUAGUGUGUACUGAGAGACCACUGUGUGACAGACAGACUCAAAUGAGAAAGAGACAGAGAGAGGUUAGCUAAUGAUUGACAACUGAAAAAUUCCACAAAAGUAUAAAGAAGCCCUGUGUCUGUCUGCUCUUGGGCUCAAUCGCUAGAUCCCCUCUUUCAUCCAUCCCUCUGUCCGUGAGUCUUACUUCCCAUCAUGCAGUUGUUGGCUGUCUGCAGCCUGUUGGUGCUGCUGUGUGUAUCAGCCCGGUCUCAGAAUCAGAUCUGUACCAUCUUCACAGAGGCCAAGAAAGAUGGAUUCAAAGCUAUGGCACUAGUAGGGCUGGCUCAGAAUCUUCCAGAUAGUUUGUUGGAUGACGUGGUGCCCCUGGUCGCGGAAGCCUUCACCAUGGGCAUCCAAUGCUGCUCAGACGAACCCCUAGAAGACUGCAACAGGGACGUGGCCGACCUGUUCCAGAGUGCUGUGUGUUCUUCUGAGACCUUAGUUGAGAAGAGCAAUCUGAAGCACUGCUGUGAGAAUACUGCCACUGAGAGAACCCACUGCUUCGUGGACCACAAAGCCAAGAUUCCCCGGGACCUGUCCCUCACAUCUGAGUCGCCAGCUGCAGACCAGUGUGAAGACUUUAAGAAGGACCGCAAGGCUUUCGUGGAGAGCUUCAUCUUCAGGUUCUCCAAGCGUAACACCAUGCUACCUCCUCAUGUGAUCCUGGCUGUCACUAAGAGUUACGGAGAGGUUCUGGCUACCUGCUGUGGGAAGAGUGAAGCCGAGGCCCAGACCUGCUUCAACACCAAGAAACCUACGUUCGAACACUUCGUCAGGAACCGUGUCAAUGAACUGAAGGCCCUGUGCAUUGUCCACAACAAAUUUGGAGACCGCAUUUUCAAGGCCAAGAAGAUGAUCCAGUACAGUCAGAAGAUGCCUCAGGCCUCAUUCCAAGAGAUGAGAGGCAUUGUAGACAAGAUCGUAGCCACUACUGCCCCCUGCUGCAGCGGAGACAUGAUCACAUGCAUGAAGCAGAGAAAGGUGCUGGUAGACGAGGUGUGUGGUGACCGUAGUGUAUUGUCUCGCAUGGCGAGCCUGAAAGCGUGCUGUAAGGAGCAUGCCAUAGACAGGGGCUCCUGUGUUGAGGCCAUGAAGCCAGACACUAAGCCAGACAGUCUGUCCGAGCACUACGACCUGCACGCUGACAUAGCUGCUGUCUGCCACACCUUCACCAAGACCCCUGAUGUAGCCCUGGGGAAGUUGAUCUAUGAGCUGUCAGUGCGCCACCCUGAGUCGUCUCAGCAGGUGAUUCUGAGGUUCUCCAAGGAGGCUGAGCAGGCCUUCCUCAGGUGCUGCGACAAGGAGGACCACGCAGAGUGUGUCAAAACGGCUCUGGCCGACAGUAACAUAGACAAGAUGAUCGCUGAUGAGAUUGAAUACUACAAGAACAUGUGUGCUGCAGAGGCUGCCCUGGGAGAUUACAACUUUGAGAAGAGUAUGAUGGUGUACUACACCAGGAUAAUGCCUCAGGCCUCCUUCGUCCAGCUUCACAUGGUGUCUGAGACUGUGGCUGAUGUUUUCCAUGACUGUUGCAAGGACCAGCCAGGCCACUUAGUCUUGCCCUGCGCAGAGGAGAAGUCGACCAACGUGCUCGACACCACGUGUGACGACGACGACUACUCCAGCAUUAACCCCCGCAUCGCUCACUGUUGCAACCAGUCCUACUCCAUGAGGAGACCCUGUAUCCUGGCCAUCCAGCCUGACACAGAGUUCACGCCUCCGGAGCUGCAUGCCAACGACUUCAACAUGGGCCCCGAGCUCUGCACCAAGAACAGCAAGGACCUCCUGCUAUCCGGGAAGAAGUUGCUGUAUAAUGUGGUCAGACAUAAGACCAGCAUCACCGAGGAUCAUCUGAAGACCCUCUCUGCUAACUACAGCAUCACGAGGGAGAAGUGCUGCGCCGCUGAGGACAAAGAAGCAUGCUUCACUGACGAGGCUGCCAAGCUGCUAGCUGAGAGUGUAGAGCUGGUCAAGGUUUAAGAUAUUAUUUUCAUUGUAUUCAUUUCAACAGAGGAACUGGUGAAUUUUUUUUUUUUAAAUGCUAAAGUUCAGUCUGUGUCUACAAUAUCUACCUCCAUAGCAACACCAUAGUGACCUCACCUCAUCCUUCCAUCCAUAUAAUGUCUGUGAUCUACUAAGAUCUGUGAUCGACUCAUUAACCUGUGAUCUGUGAUCGACUCAUUAACCUGUGAUCUGCGAUCGACUCAUUAACCUGUGAUCUGUGAUCAACUCAUUAACCUGUGAUCUGUGAUCAACUCAUUAACCUGUCGAUCUGUGAUCAACUCAUUAACCUGUCGAUCUGUGAUCAACUCAUUAACCUGUGAUCUGUGAUCAACUCAUUAACCUGUGAUAUGCGAUCGACUCAUUAACCUGUCGAUCUCUGAUCGACUCAUUAACCUGUCGAUCUGUGAUCGACUCAGUAACCUGUCGAUCUGUAAUUACUCACAAGCACUGGUUUAUUUCUGACAGACAAUGACUCAAAUAAAUGCAUUUAUUUGAUUGCUGUUGUGGCUGUUUUAUUUUUAUUUUGGUCGGAUUCUCAAGCCAUUCAUACCUGUCAAUGCUUUGUGGUCAUAAUAAAUCUCACGUUUAACCAAUGA